UCAUAAUCAAAGAAAAUAAAAGCUUGCACUUGCACGGUCAUGUUCGCGUCUGCAUCGAGCUAUGUGUGGGAAGAGCGACCGGCGUGUGGGCGUGUCCCGGGGGAAGGUGAUGAUUGGGUCUGGGUGCAGACGCUAACGGAAGAGUCAACGGAAGAAGACACGAGCUCUGAUAGCCGUGGUGAUGAGGACACAAACCAACCAACAGAAAGUGAACCCAAUUCUAGGAGAAAAGCGCCACACUGCAGGCGUGCCCCCGAACACAUGGACAUCGACCAGCCGCAAGAAAACAUGCGCGUGACUCGUAGCCAAAAGCGAGCCUUGGUUGCCAUGGAGAUGGGCAUGCUCCCUCGUGGCAGAAGGGUGAAGACUAGCAAGCCUGAGGAGGGCCGCACGCAAGGCGGGAAGAUCACAAGGAAAACCACGCGAAUGAGAAAUCGCAUCACCCGCGGUGGGAAAGACCGCGGGCGCGGGUUUAGCGGUGGUCACGUGAGCUGGCGUAGUGGUUAAAAACAUGGACAUUGCUUUCACAUAAUAUCUACUACAAAAAGAUAGUGGUUUCAAUUCAGAUGCAAUAAAAAAUGAAAUUUGGUGAUA